AUGGGUGGGCCCAAAUGGGUGGUUUUGGUCUUUGUCCUCGGGCAGAGUUGGGGGCAAAGGGAGGUUUUUGAGGGGRUGAAUCGCGUGAGUGAMUUUGCRUUGAGGCAUUUUGAGGAGGUUAAUUURGACGGCCUUUUGGGGUUUGUGAUAGCCGAAGCUCAAAUUUUGCAAAUUGUGGAUUCGACCUUCGACUAUCGCCCACUUUUGAGGAAAUUUGAGGCGAUUCGAGAUUUCAUCAGGCCAAUUUUACCGAAAACUCCGAGUAAAAUGGUCACUUUAGAGAAAUUUUUGUUACUCCCUGAAAACUGGUUUCAUGAAGUACAAUUUCGGAAAUCUCUACCCGAUUUGGGGAUUUACCAAAACUGGACUGUUGACGACAUAAUAAAAAACAAACACGCAUCGUAUAAGGGCGUUCCAAGUGACCAUUGUUUGAUGGAAAUUUUGCAAAAAAAUUGUUACGUUAGUCGAUUUUGUCACGAAAUGAUGCUGGAAGCAAGAGUUGAUCACGGUUACCUGCUUUCACACAGAGUAUUUUAUUUGCAAAUAGUGCGACUGAAAAAGUGCCCUUUCAACCACCGAAAAUUCCACGAAUUGACAUCAAAAUUUUGCUCACUAAUGUUGCGUGAAAUUCGCACCAAUGAAGAAUUGGGCUUCCCAGCUCACGACAUUGCUUUAGAACAAAUGGUUCUGUGUGGCCUUGAAGGCCACUCAGAAUUCUUGUCCAACACUUGGAGAAACAAAAUUUUAGACUGGCAACUUCCAUUUGGGUGUUACAAAAGUACCAAAAAUUCUAAAAGGACUACCAACAUAAUAGCUUACGGAUGCACGGACCACACCACAGGCCUGGGGGCGGCAGCCCUGGCGCUCAAUCUGAGAUUCUUAUCGCAGGAAAGGCAAAAAUUAACUAAAUUUGGAAAAACUGGCAACAUUGACGACUUAAAUAUAGUCAUUGACUACGUAUGUUUCUUAAAUAAUACGGUAGUGCGAACUUUGUUUUGAAAUUUAUGUAUCCAAAUAA